AAGACUGUCAUCUUCACCAUCAGCAGGGACUACCCCCUUCACGGUACUGGUGAGUGUUGCUGUAAAGCAGCCUUAAAGUAUGGGUCGCGGACCUGUUAAUGGUGGGAAUCGUGUCAGAGUAAAUGUAUAAUUAUUUAAUGACUUCAUUUGGCCAAGUGCAACUGCUGUCUCUGUUCGGUGCGCUUUCUGCUUAGCAGCGGUGUCUGCUCAGUUUGGCAGCUGCGCGAGAGGGAGAUGCCCGUGUGCUUCGUGGUUUACCAGAUAUUUUCUGGAGUUUUCUUGAAGACACUCCGCGACACACGCUGCAGCGCUGUCGCUCAACAGCAGAUGAUGCGCUGUAAACCACUGAUUUGUCAUUCCCACUCGCCAAAUGGACUCAUGCUCGAAACAAAUUAUGACUGAACUCAAUCGUCAUGAAAAGCCAAUACACCGAUGCGUUUCUCUCUUUCAUACAAACUUUGAGAAUUAACGAGGAGCUCCCUCAAAGUGUUUUGUGCUGGGAAGUGCUUAGUAAUGAGUCAAUCAAAACUAACACAUUCGUAUAAGGACACGUCCUGACCAUACAUCCACAGUAUGACGGAAUACCCAGGGAAUUAUUUCAGAACAGGACCGAAUGCUCCAGGAAACAGUAACUCAGCUAAUGUAACAGUUGUUAAAGUACAAUGUGAAUUUCACCAGGUUCAUAUAUCAAUAUGUUGUGUUGAUUUGUUAUGCAUGCCUGCAUCCUGGGAGAAGGGGAAUGUGUACUUACGUUUUGCCCGGCGUGUUCGUGCUCAAAUCAUUUUGAUGCACUGAGAGAGUUGGAUGGACAGCUUGUGUCCCUGCCCCUGGGCCUGAACAGUCAGCUGAUGGUGUUCUGCAGUGGCCAACGAGCGGUGGUGGAGACUGCUGCGGGUAUCACGCUGACAUUUGACUGGCACAGCACGGUGCACGUCAAACUCCCCAGCCCCUACCAGGGGGCAGUCUGCGGCCUGUGUGGCAACUCCAACGCCAUGCCCCAGGACGACCUCGCAAUGCGGGACAGUCCCCGAUGCCACCUGGCUGGGUAAGAGCUGGCGGGUGGCCCUUGUGCCUGGCUGCUCCUCUGGAUGCCAGGGGACACAAUGCCAGUCCUGCUCUGACACAGAGAAGAACACGUACAGCUCCCGCUGUGGCAUCAUAGCAGACAAGGCCGGGCCCUGUUAGGGAAGAUUCAGAAUUUGUUGGUAACAUAUGUAAGAUGUUUUAUAUUCAUCAAAUGUGUGUAAGUUAAUUCUCAUCAGAAUGGUAUUUUUGUGUAAUUCUGUGGUGAGGU